CGCUCUUUUUCACCUAUCGAUCGAUCAGAGAGGACUACUGCAAUGUCCGUCGACAGUGAGGGUUUCAUUUGCCUAGAUGAUUUCGUUAAACCGGCCCAAAAACUUUUGCUGAACUCAAGAGUUGAAUAUUUUAGAGAUGGCUGUAAUGAACAAUAUACACUGAAAGAAAACAGGGAGGCGUUUAAAAGGUACCGUUUAAGACCUAGACUUCUUCGUGAUGUGUCAAAGGUGGAUCUGAGUACUACUGUACUGGGACAGCAUAUUUCCUGGCCGGUCGGCAUAUCACCAACUGCACUUCAUAGAGUAGCCGAUUAUGAUGAAGGGGAAAAGGCAACUGCUAGAGCCGCAUAUGCUGAGGGGUCUGUGAUGGUGCUUAGUUGUUUCUCAACAUGUACCAUAGAAGAUGUAGCAAAGGCAUCUCCACAUGGCCUCCUUUGGAUGCAGGUUAUGUUGUUUAACAGGAGGGAAAUUACUGAGAGCCUUGUAAAGAGAGCAGAGGCUGCAGGAUUUAAAGCAAUUGUUGUGACCAUUGAUCAGCCAGUUUCAGGAAAAAAAUACUCAAGUGUUAGAAACAGAGAGAGUAUACAGUUCAAACUACAAGCUCAUGAACAGCCAAUCAACUUAAAACUUGACAUCAAAAGUGCAGGUGAUAAAAUUGUUUCAGAUUAUUCCUCUGUUACUUGGGAAGACAUUAAAUGGUUGAAAUCUUUAACAAAAUUACCAUUGGUCCUUAAAGGUAUAACUACAGGCGAUCAAGCAUGUAAUGCAGUAAAGUAUGGGGCUUCCGGCAUCUUGGUCUCCAACCACGGCGGACGUCAACUGGAUUAUCUACCAGCUACAAUUGAUGUCCUCCCAGAGGUUGUUUCUGCCGUAGAGGGCUCAGGUGUUGAAGUAUACUUGGACGGAGGAGUUAGACACGGAACGGAUGUCUUUAAAGCUUUAGCUCGUGGGGCCAGAGCCAUUUUCAUCGGAAGACCAAUUAUGUGGGGAUUGACAUGCAAAGGCUAUGAGGGUGCUAAACAAGUUCUUUCAAUCCUCAAGGAAGAGGUGGCUUCAACUAUGGCAUUAAUGGGAUGUACUAACGUCAGUGAAAUAGCACCCUCAAUGGUUGUUCACGAAGACUACUUCAAGAAAUCAAAGUUAUAGUAGAUUGUUCAAGAUCACUGUCCACCAGAAUUUUAAAGGCAGGCUGUGGAGGGGAGAAAAUUAAUAUGUUGUACAACUGAUUUUUCUGAGACAUGAAAAGGAUGUUUGAUGAAAAAACUUUGGGGGAUAUAGAUUUUUAAAUAUUUUUGACAACUGGUCGGGUGGGGGAGAGGGGCAUAACCACUCAUUUAUAUGUUUUUGGACAUUUUUACUUGUCAUAAUUUUAGUAAAACUGCACAUAAAUAAUAAUAACUGUAAUAAUAUUACUAAUGAUAUUAAUACAAAUAGCACAUUAUGUAUUUUGAUGAAUAAAAAAUGAAUGAUUAAGUA